AUGCCAACUUUAAAUGAACCACAUAGAAAAUUGAAAUGUCUCUAUGCAGGAUACAUAUGUAUCGAAUCUAAACUCGGUAUGAGAACAAUGAAUCAGGCUAUUCAAACUGUACUAAAGAACGUACAUCCAAAUCAAUGGCUUCCAGUAUAUGUUUCAAUAUCUCCAUCAACAGUCAAUUUCUAUUAUCAAAAACAUAUUGUUGUAAAUCUUCGCGUUUGCUCAGUUCCAUUUUUUGGGAUUUACAAUAAAGAUGAAAAAAUUUGCGGUAUUAUACAACAUACAGCUGAUAAUUUAUUUUUAUGUCAUGUUUUAACUUGUCCAACAAAUGCUAUGGAACUAUGUAAAACACUUAAAGCAGCUUGUGAAUUACGCUAUCAACAAUGUGUGGACUCAAGAAUGUUUAACACUCACAAACCAAGUAAUAAUUCAUUAGAUGAAUCAAAAACGAGAUUAGUAGGACAUUCAGAUCAGAUAAAGAAUGAACAAAUUUUACACAUGAAUAUCAUCAGUCAAAUGGAAAAAGUAAAGUGUGGAUUAUUUCGAAGAAUCUAUCAACAGAAAAAUUGGGUUAAAUUUAAUUUAUUACCCUAUUCAAGUGAUGUAAGUCUACCGGAUAAGCCAAAAUUCUACGAUGAAUAUAAUAAAGAAACUACUGACUUUCAUCAUUUAUUAUAAUUUAUAAAACUGUACACUAAUUACUGUUAUUCUUCAAGACGAUGUUAGUAACAUAAAUGUCUUACUUUUUAUGCAGUCACUUUAUUAAUGUUUAAACAAUUGCAUUGAA